AUGAGGCUCUCCGAACUUCCAUCGGAGAUCAUCUGCAAUAUUGCUUUACAUAUCCCAACCGCUAACGGGAUAACUCGCCUCGCACAAACAUGCCGUCGAAUAUAUAAAAUCAUCACUGCCGAGGAGUCAUGGCUAUUUCGAGCAUUUGUCCAAAACAGAUUCCCAGCAAUCCAAACGCCACCCUUUUGGAAAGAUGCAGCAUGUGCUCUUACAUCGCGCUCACGCGCCGUGGAUCGACUGGGCGUAAUUGGGCGAUUCGUGAUCCUGCCCGAGACGAUCACGCGCAUUGGAAUUCAGGAGGAAACCCGACAGGACAAUCCCACUAUGGGCUAUCGCCCUCCCAUUGACUCCUACGAGACUUGGAAUGGUCAGUCUUGGGCCGACAGGAAAGAAGUUCUUGCAUGGGGUGCUGGUGAAAAACUCUUGAUGCGCACCAAACAGUCCGGAACACAGCACCGAGAUGAUUGGAUCUUAUUCAACGACGUGGACCAGCCUAGCAGCCAUGAUGAUAUCCUGGGCUUACACCUCCUACAGCCAGAGCAUGGCAAAGAGAAUGACGUUGAGAAUGUGAUAUUUGGACGGAGACAAGGCGAUAUUCGCCACAUCGCGCUCUCCACCAGUGAUGCCAGCCACGAGUACAAGAAGACAUUCCGAACCGAAGGGUUGGAACUCAACGAGACAGACCUGAUGCAUGGUUCUAAUCCUAUACUAUGUGCUCAAUUUCUUCAAGGUUCGACUGCGCUAUAUUACACUGGUACUGAAGACGAAAAUGUCGAACCGUUCGCGUGGAUUCGCCCCGAGCGAUCAUCUCGCGGCCGAAAGGCGAAGCUGCUGUCAUCAUCGCGGAUUGCCGUGGCUACGAUGGACGCCAACGAUUCUGUAGUUAUCUCAAGAAUCUCCCCAGACGGCAUCUUUACCGAAAAGACAAUCGGUAUUUCUUCCCUGGAUGUGGAGGACAGAUUGAGCCAUUAUACUUGCCAGGCCAUUAGUGCCAUCGAGCCUCUCAACAAUCAUCCUCUGGCCGGGUCACCUGGUGAUGUUUUUCUUGCUGCAUGGGGUGACCGCACCGUUCGCCUUCACGAUCUCAGAUCCCCCCGGUCCUACGAAACCACAUACGAAGAUCCUACGGAUGACAAUUUCAUAUACAGCGUGCGCGCAUUUGGACAUGACCGGUUUCUGGUUGGAUCCGGCGGCAAUGCUCUGAUAAAGAUAUUUGAUCUCCGUUGCACCAGCUAUAGUUACCUCGAAGCCCAAGGUGCUCGACCAAAAGCACCCAGCAACGUACCAAUGGCCCAUAACCAUGGUCAGUAUCCAAGCAAGGAUUUCAACAUCUUCCUUUCCGCCCAACCGCCUACUUUCUUCAAUCGACAUAUCAAUUCCCGUCGACGCAGAACCGGUUAUCCAUACCGAGGCCCGAUAUACAGCAUGUCCAUGCCCUCGCCGUCCUCACCAACCGUCUAUACUGGGGUAGCAGGCGGGCUUAUCCGGCUUGACUUUGCAUCAACGGAUGAUCUGACUGGAGCAGCGAAGGAGUGGUACGAUUCCAAUCUCAAUCUUGGAUUUGAUGCAGAGAUGAAGCCGGCAGAUGGGUCGAGCUUUUUCACGGUGGCAGGAUAUGAGAGACCGGAUCCACGUGACUUGACUACAACCUCGAAGCUGAGAAAGCAGCAUGGCUCCUGGAAUUUCGAGCUCAACGGUGCUCGAAAGGGUGUGGUGACCGGUUGGGAUCAUCGGUGGGAGGCGCUAGAGAAACCUGGGGCUUGGCGGCGACAGGAUGGUUAG